GGCGCGAUUGCUCCUUCCGUUGAACAAAAGAAGAAGAAGUUGUUGUCAGUGUUUGGUUUCAGUUUCAAUAAUACUGUCCGUCACAAUGAUUCAGACACAUCAACGUUUGUGGAUCAUUUUACCAUGUUUUAUUGCUGUAUUGGCCGUGACCAUUACAUGUGCUCCUGCAGGCGCAUUUUUGUUCCUGUGUCUUUGCUGUAUGGCUCUUCUGUGGAAGAUAAAGAUCAAGAAUCGCUCCAUAUCGAGUCUUUUGACUCAGUAUGUGGCUAUGAAAGUAGUGUGCUGGCUGGGGAAUCGCCAGAGAAACAGACUGGAGAAUGACACUCAGGACGUUCAUCGCGUUCAGGAGGAAACUCUGCUCAAGCGCCUGCGCAAACACUCCGACACAGUCUAUGGCAAACUGUACGAGUUCGGAUCAAUUAAAGACACAGAAACAUUCCGACAGCGCCAUCCGGUCACGGAUUAUGACCAUUAUGAAAAGUUUGUGGAGCGCGUGGCUAAAGGAGAGCAGAAGGUUUUAAUAUCGGAGAAGCCUCUUGUUCUGGCAAUGACAUCAGGAACGUCUGGAUCCAGCCGUAUGCUUCUGAGCACCAGAGACACCAACACGGAAUUCUUUCUACAGGGGGUGACUGUUUGUCUAGAUGCUAUGAGACAAGCCUUUCCAGCCACCGACUGUCUCCAGAAGACCCUGAAGCUCUUUUACUCGCCCCUUUUUCGUCAGAGUGAGGCAGGUAUUCCUAUUGGCCCCAACUCCUCAACCCCUGCCUCCUCUAGACACAUGCUGCAUCUGUACACCACACCAGCACCUGUCUAUCAGGUGCUGAAUGAGAGAGACGCCUUGUAUCUGCAUCUGCUGUUUGGGCUGAAGGACCGCAAUCUCGGCAUGCUGGAAUCCAACUUCUGCUCUACCAUCUUUUAUGCCUUCAGAGCCCUGCAGGAACAUUGGAAAGAUCUUGUUGUGGAUGUGGAAGUGGGCAGGAUUAACUCCGGCCUGAAUCUAAAGGCUGACGUGCGCUGUGCUCUGGAGAAGCUGAUGAAGCCGGAUCCAGAGAGAGCCUCUGAGCUCACAGCCCAAUUUGAGGAAGGCUUUGAGGGGAUCGCACUCAGACUUUGGCCACAGUUACACCUGGUCCUGGCAGUGGACUCAGGCUCCAACCAGAUUUAUGGGGAGAUGUUACGACAGCACUACUGUAAAAAUGUCCCAUUCUACUCCCCUUUCUACGCUGCCACUGAAGGUUUGAUAGGUGUGAACCUGUGGCCUCUGCAGGAGAGCAGACAGUAUCUCCUGUGUCCUCGCUCCAUGUUCCUUGAGUUUAUACCAGAGGAGGAUCUGUAUUUAGAGCAGCCCAAAACUCUCCUGAUAGAGCAGCUUCAGGAAGGACACAACUAUGAGCUGCUGGUCACCAACGCCUCAGGAUUAUUCAGGUAUCGCAUUGGAGAUGUUGUGAAAGUAGUCGGGUUUCAUAACCAGUGUCCAAAAGUGGAGUUUCAGUAUAGGCGGGGUCAGAUGUUGAGCGUGCGUGGUGAGAAAGUGUCUGAAUGGCUGUUUUUGAGGGCUCUUAAGAGGACAGUGACGCAGUGGCCGGGAGCCAGACUCAUAGACUACAGCUGUGUUGAGAGUGGCAUUCUAGGCAGUUCAUCUGGAAUAGCUCAGCCGCAUUAUCUUGUGUUUGUUGAGCUAAAGGGUGUGAGGAACCUCUCAGAGGAACAAAGAUACAAGUUAGACCACUGCCUACAGGAGGACUCUGACAUCUACAGAUCCUUCAGGAUGAAGGGCAGCAUCGGACCAAUGAGAGUUCAUCUCGUUCGCGACGGAACUUUCCAAGAACUGAAAGAUCGCAUGAUGGCCUUCUCUAGUGUUUCGUCCAACACCUUCAAAAUGCAGCGUGUGAUACGUAGGAGAGAGUUUGCAGACUUUCUACUGCAGAGGGCUUUCUCAUGAGCAUUUCAUUUAUAGAUGAACGCUUUGAUGGAAAGCUGAGGUGUCAUUUUUGGCUGGUCUGAAUACCCAAAACCGAGAAAAUGAGACCGGGGACAUUAGGUUAUACUUUUCAGAGAAUUGCCCUACCAAUGGGUUAUUUACAGUUGUCUCUGCAUAUACAACUAGGAUAGGAGAAACAACUGUAAAUAAUCCAUUGGUAGGGCGAUUCCCUGAAAAGUGUAACAAUGUGCCCCUGUUGCAUUUUCAAAGCAUUUUUCAGUUUUCGGUAUUCAGACCAGCCAAACACGGGAACAGGCUCAACCAGUGGCACAACUCGUCCAACCGAUGGAGGUCUCAAUGAUCAUUUGGGAAGCUUGUUUGCAGAUCUGCUUGGGGCUGCGAGAGUGAUUGUUCUUGGUCCCAAUACUGCACAUUUUGAAUGUGUCCUUUAUUUAGCACAUCAGAUUUCUAUCAUUAGGAGGUUUUCCAGAAGGAGAUUCAUCAUUGAUCAACUGUUGGGCAAAAUGGCAUUUUUAUAUUAUAUUAUAUUAUAUUAUAUUAUAUUAUAUUAUAUUAUAUUAUAUUAUAUUAAAAUAAUAGAAGUUUUAAUAAUUGGUUAUUGUUAUUAUAUAUAUAAGAACAUAAAAUAUGCCUACAAGAAGACAUUUUGAUUCAUUCCAUGCCAGUCUUUCAAAAUCCAUUCACUAAUUGUUAUUUUAUUUUUUUUAUUUUUUUGUAUGUAUUUAUUGUUAUAUAUUAUUUUAAUUUUCAUCCUUAAUUACAUUUAUCUUUUUUCCCAAUUAAUGUUUGGUUAUACUUUAUUUUAGUGUCCUUGUAACAAUGUAAUUAUGCAUUUAAAGCUGCUGUCCGUAAGUUUUUUUUUGUGUUCAAAAUUUAUAAAAAAUAUAUAAUGAGAAUGUAAAACAUGAAUCCAUUUUCCAAACGUGUUUUUAGUUUACCCUGAAUCAUUACGGUACACUUUUAAUAAGUGUUUGUAUUCAGACUACUUUAGUCAGGUCUGGUAGGAACAGCUGCAGAGUAUCACAGUAACUGCGUGAACUGUUAUAGACAUAAACGGAGAGGAGUAGCUCCGGCUACAAUGUUCUUCUGCAAGACGCAUGCAGUUCUAUUUAUUAACCGCUAGAGUGCCAAAAGUGACGGACUUCAGCUUUAAAGGAUUAGUUCACUUUCAAAUAAAAUUUCCUGAUAAUUUACUCGCCGCCAUGUCAUCCAAGAUGUU